AUGCGUCUUCUGUCGAUUCUUCAGAUCCUGCCCCUAACAGGCGGCGCUGCAGCGGGCUCGGCCUUUGCUAGAAACGAUGAGCCCUCUCUCGGCGUAGCGGACGCCACGAAGCAGUACAUUGUUGAAGUGGAAAAGGCUACGGACGUUGACGCUUUGUCCGAGAGCCUCAACGCCGAGGAUCAUGUCAAAGUCCUCAAGACCUACAACUCGGAAGUCUUCCGUGGCUUGACCAUUGAGACGGACGUGUACAACCUCGACAGCAUCGGACAGCUGGGAGACGUGGCGCGGGCGUGGCCUGCGAGCGUGGUUGAACUCCCGGACCUGGGGCCUGAUGUGCAGCCGCCCAGCAACGCGAGGCUUGCUGCGGCGGCCAACUAUUCCAUCCAUUCGUGGACUGGAGUGGAUAAGAUUCAUGCUACUGGCAACUUUGGGCAGGGCGUCAAGGUAGCUGUUGUGGAUACGGGCGUUGAUUACAGACAUGAGGCGCUUGGUGGAGGAUUCGGUCCAGGUUUCAAGGUAUCCGGGGGUUACGAUGUUGUUGGCGAUGGUUGGCCGAUCGAGGAUGGCGUGCCUGACGGCGAUCCACUAGAUGGUCGAGGCCAUGGCACGCAUGUCGCUGGCAUCAUUGCAGCUCAAACAGACUCGUUUCAAGGCGUCGCGCCUGGCGUUGAUCUGCUUGCAUACAAGGUCUUCUCCUCGAUUGGGGCUGAUGUCAUCACCUGUAGUAUUGGUGUUUCCGGAGGCUGGUCGAACGGCCCCUGGGCCACCAUCGCGUCGCGAAUCGCCCAACAAGGCGUCAUCAUCACGAUCGCAGCCGCCAACGAUGGUGCGCAAGGCGCAUUCUACGCCAGCAGUGGGUCUUCUGGAAAGGAAGUUUUGGCUGUGGCAUCAGCAGAAGCCGGGACCUACGCAGCGACGCCAUUCCAACUUACGCAGACGAUCAAUGGUGAGACAAUCUCUAUUCAGUCUGCGUAUCGGUACAACGGCAUCAACGCCUGGGACAUCGAAGACACUCCUAUUCAUGCCCUUUACCUCAACACCUCCAGCGGUCAAGCGUGCUCGCCGGCUUCGAUCCCCGCCGACACACCCGACCUGUCCAACGUCAUCACCUUGGUCCGCCGCGGCGGCUGCGACUACCUAGACCAAGAAUUCAACCUCAGGGCUUUCAAUGUCAGCCGAAUCAUGUUCUACAACGACAACAGCCGUCCUGACCACCCAUCGACCUGGCUGAGUGGACCCAAGGCACUUGUUGAUGCCGACGUUGGUGAGGGUAUCGUCGAGAUCAUCAAGGCUGGCGGUCAAGUUUCGGCGGACUUUUCCAAAUUCAAGGAUGCCGAUUGGUAUGUUGGCAUGCACAACGGUGUGGGUAACAAGCCCAGCGAGUUCACCUCAUGGGGCGGCCUGAAUGAUAUGGACCUCAAGCCGGAGGUCUCGGCCCCGGGUGGCAACAUCCUGAGCACCUGGCUCGACGGCACUUGGCGGGUUGCCAGUGGCACUUCGAUGGCCUGCCCUUAUUUGGCGGGUAUUGCGGCCCUCUUCAUUAGCGAGUUUGGCGGCCGCGACGUCCAUGGCCCCAGCUUGAGCAGGACGUUCUACAAUCGAGUCGUUGCCAGCGGUAACUCGAUGCCUUGGUCGACCGUGGAUGCCGUGGCGUUUCAGGACACGGGUUUUUGGGCUCCGACGAUUCAGACCGGCAGCGGCUUGGUCGACGCUUGGAAAGUUCUCAACUAUACCAGCACCCUCAGCACAACGAAGUGGGUACUCAAUGACACGGCACACUUUGAUGGCCAACAUAGUACUGUCAUCGCCAACAAUGCCAACGUCGACGUCGAGUACGGGUUUCUGCUUCAGCCUGCCGCUGGUGUUGAGGUUGCAACAACUUCCGGCGCUCUGGCCAAGCUCAAAGACUACAAACCUCUGAAAAUGAUACCCAACAUCACUCUCCCUUCAGGCAGCUUCAAAUUAAAGCCAGGCGAGAAGCGGAAGGCCCACGGCAAGGUCCUCAUCACUUCUUCUCUCGGGGAAACUCUCUCUGUCUCGUACUUUGGCGCAGCGUAUAAUGUAAAGGACCAGUACAAGGACAUGUUCAUCGACAACACGCCGUAUAUCAUGUCUCCUUCGCGAAACUUUCCCGAGAAGAGAAAUUUCACAUUCGACCUCAGUUCGGGCAAACCUACCAGCCAGGAUUAUCCGAAGGUCUUUACGUCUUUCAGUUUUGGCUGUGACGAACUCCGUUGGGAUAUCUAUGAAUCUGGGUGGGAGGAAUCGAGAUGGUCGUAUCCACCGGUUGUCGGGGAGAACGGCUACGUGGGUGCUGCUACGGCGUUCCGUGAUUCUCUAAGAUAUACAUUCUUCGACUCGAGCAUCCAUGACAAAGAAGAUACUGUGGCUUUCCCCAUCCGCGCUCUUAGUCGGAGCGUUCAAUCUGGCGGCACGUCCCUCGGGCUGGAUCGUCACAGGUUCUUCUGGCUUGGAAAGCUUGCAAAUGGAACUUAUAUCCAGCCAGGCAUCUACAAGUAA